AUCUGUUCUAAAGUGGAUGGCGUACGCUGUAUCAAAGAAAUUGCACUGCUGGUACAAAUUGAUGCUGAUUUGGUGAUGCGUUGUGUGCGCAACUUGCAUUUCUAUGGUUGCCUCACUUUAAUACCUCUCUUUAUGUAUGCGAACACAUAUGUCGCAACUGAACAGCUACACCAGUUCUACCUGAAUACAGAUCUCAUUAAAGAGUGUCUUGAUUUUGUGCGACCACUGGACGAAAAUGGAAAGAAUCUGGAUACAAAACCGACUUUUUCUGAUGUGUUCAGAUUGUACACAAGUUUAAAAGAAUGUCUUGAUUUUGUGCGACCACUGGACGAAAAUGGAGAGAAUCUGGGUACAAAACCGACUUUUUCUGAUGUGUUCAGAUUGUACACAAGUUUAAAAGUAAGCUCAUUUACUUCGAUUUGA